ACUUAUUUGUUUGUUUACAAAUUAAAUACGUGGGAAGUAAAACUUAAAUUUAUUUUAGUGUUUUUACGAGCGAACCUUUCAAACAUGUUAAAAUCGACCAUGUCAAGCGGCCGCUUGACACAAGCCGAUCGAGAUCAGCUGGAGACAUGGAUUGGCGGCGGCCCGAAAGUGUUCCACCUACUGUACAACAUCACAAAGGACAGUUGCGACACGGCUACAUUUCACCAGAGGUGCGACAACCAGGGACCUACGGUCACCGUGCUCUAUAACCCACAAGGGUCCGUCUAUGGAGGGUUUGCAAGUGUUGGCUGGGAAGGCUCAGGUAUCUGGUCUGUGGACAACGCCGCUUAUCUCUUUCAGCUGAAGUUUUCAGGAUUAAGGAAAUGUAAUAGGUUUCCGGCAAAACCGGGCUGUAAAACUGUGUUCUCGAGUCCAACUUUUGGGCCUGUAUUUGGUUACGGAGGCGAUCUAAACACGUUUCACAGUCAGCCAAUACCAAAUGAAAAUGGAGUUUUCAAACUUAAUGGCAACAUGCGUAGAUUUGGCACAAACUUCGACGCUCCUGGCCUUCAAUCAGCGGAUAUCAAUAACGGCACGAUGGACGUCACCGAGUUGGAAGUGUACAAAGUUACAGACGGCGUCAGACUCAAGACGGUGGAGACACAGACGGAGCCAGGCUGCCUUGAGACCGCCAAGUAUUGGAGGAAAACGCCGGACUGGAACCAGCAGCUUGCCGAGUCUUUGUGUAAAGAGCUGGGGUCCUACAAAUGCCCGGUGGAAUCGACGUCCGGCGAUUUGCGUAUUCUCUUGCUAGGACCUGUCGGCUCGGGGAAGUCCGGCUUCGUAAACACUGUCCAGUCGGGGUUUUCCGGACGUCUCCGACAGAUAGCGCAAGUUGGAAACAGCGAGCACAGUAUUACCACACAGUAUAAGCCCUACAGGCUAAGGUCAAGGUCAGGCGGUCACCCAAACAUCCGGCUUUGUGACAUCCCGGGGAUGAUGCGGAGGCUUGGCCUCGACAUCACGGAACUGGGAUUCCUUCUGAAUGGCAAUAUUCCGGAACAGUACACGUUCAAUCCGUUCGUGCGUUUCUCGACCUGUAGCCCGGGUUUUGUGUGCAAGCCUCCACGUGGCCGAGAAGUUCACUGUGUGGCCCUGGUACUUGACACAUCCACGGGUAUGGAGACCGAGGCUGCUGAUUGGAUGAAGACAUUCACACGCAUCGUCAAUGAGAGAAGCAUCCCUCUCGCAAUUUUGCUGACAAAAAUUGACCUCGCAUGCCCGACAUUGGCCGAGGACCUUUCUGGUGUAUUUAAAAGCCAGGCAAUUGAAACAAAGGUCAACACAGCAUCGUCAAUAUUUGGAGUCCCGAGAAACAAUGUCUGGCCCGUGAAAAACUACGAGAACGAGGCUUGCGUUGACGAUGACGUCACUAUUCUCUCGCUACUCGCACUACAGCGAUUGGUCCAUUUGGCAGAGGAUUAUAUAGAGGGACAGGAAAUCGGUAUCACAGAGCGGGAUGAGAGGGAAAACGGCAGGGAUCAUGCUGGGGAAACCGUGGAGUCAGAUACUUCUGCAUAAGUUACGAGCGAUGAGGUUUAUGUUGAUUGUGUUUCAACAGACGAGUUUGCCGAUUUGCAUGGCAAUAUUACGGUUCGAGUGGUGUUAGGUUCGAAAUGUUUAUGAGAUUGACCAGAGCCAUGGUUACAAUGAGCUUUUCACUGCAUACGAAUAGUCAUUAGUUCUCGUUCCAAUUACACGCCGAAUCAUCUGGACCUACAUGUAGUCAUAAAGAAUUGUUGUUAGGAAAACUAGCAUACAGGUCUUUAAAGAAUCUUGUUUGUAGAUUCUUUAGUGAUCAUCAUGCUCAAAGAUAUUCCGACGUUUGGACACGCCUUCCAAAUAAAGUUAAGAUGCAGUUUAAAAGUUUUGGCAUAUGAUAUUAUCCGGAGUUUUGUACUGAAUGAUAUAUACGGUACAUAAACGGUAAAGAUGUAUAUUUAUUAAAACCUAACUCUAUACCUAUAUAGUAAAAACAUGUUAUAUAAGUACGGUUUGUUU